AUGAGUUAGGUCCUGGCUGUGGAUUUUUUUUUUUUUUUUUUUUAAGCCAGACACAGACAGGGCUGUUGAGCAAAAUGCAGACUCCGCAGAAAAGCCCAAGCCUCAGACCAUUCAAGCAGAGGAAGAGCUUAGCAACCAGACAAGAGGAAGUGGCUGGAAUCCGGGCAAAGUUCCCAAACAAGAUCCCGGUGGUAGUGGAGCGCUAUUCCAGGGAGAAGUUCCUGCCCCCGCUGGACAAGACUAAGUUCCUGGUCCCCCAGGAGCUGACCGUGGCCCAGUUCCUCAGCAUCAUACGGAGCCACAUGGUCCUCGGGGCCACUGAAGCCUUUUACUUGCUAGUGAACAGCAAGAGUACGGUCAGCAUGAGCAUGACCAUGGCCGAGAUCUACAGGGACUACCGGGACGAGGACGGCUUCGUGUACAUGACCUACGCCUCCCAGGAGAUGUUCGGCUGAGGGGCCCCGAGGCGCCAGGGAUGGCGCAGCCGGCGGGGCGGGCCCUGCCAUCCUCUCCAGCUGCGGGACCAACCGAGCGGCUUCCUCCUGUGCGCGGUGGACCCACGGGAGCAGGGCCGCCCCGCAGGAGCCGCGCCCACGGGACAGGUAGGCCGGCGCCCUGUCCCCUUUAGUGCGCAUGCCCUGUGUUCUCUGGGAAAACGCGGUGCCCCUGGGAGUUUUGUAAAUAAUGAUAUUUUGGGUAAGAGGUGGCUUCACAUGCGGUGGUUCUGUGCGAUGGCGAAGUGUCUUCCUGGUGGAGGCCGCAGACCCUGGAAUUUGGUGUCACCUGGUGCGGCCGGAGCCCCGUGGAUGCUCAGUCAUAGAGAACCUGGGCCUGCGG